AUGGAGUUUGAUUCUGAUGCAAAUGAAGUCAUAUUUGUGGGUCUAGUCAUUGAGUUCGAUGAAGGUAUAUCGAUGAUUUUGGUUGGAGAUUUGGGCCAGUUACCUCUUGUGAAUGAUAGACCAGCAUAUGAUAGCAAUAGAAGGGCAAAGUUAUUAUGGGAAGAAUUCAAAACUAUGAUUACUUUAGAUAAAGUAUUCAGACAAGAUGGAGAAAACAUUCAACAACAGAGGUUUCAUCAACUUUUGACAAAUCUAAGAGAUGCAAACCCAAAAAUUGAUGACUGGAAGUUGCUGAUGAUGAGAACCCCUAUUACCUUAGAUGUUGCAAGGAACAAUUAUUUUGAUAAUGUUGUCCACUUUUUCUCUACAAAUGAAAAUGUUCAUAAUCACAAUAAGAGAAUGCUAUAUUCAUUGAACCAUCCCGUUGCACAUAGUCUUGCAAUAAGAGCAAGAAGUGUUAAUACAAUAGAGGAUUGUUCAAAUGAUGAACUUGAUCUAGAGUUGUUGAUCAAUAAGAAUUCAAGGGUGAUGCUGACUUCAAAUCUUUGGAUACAAGUAGGUCUUGUAAAUGGAGUUCUAGGGUAUAUUCAAAAAAUAGUUUACAAACCAGGAAGUGCUCCUCCUGAACCACUUACAUAUGUGUUGGUUGAAUUUGAUAGUUAUUCUGGAAUGCCAUUUGAAGAUCAUCAUCCAAAUAUAAUUCCAAUAACACCAAUACAAAGGGGUGGAACACUUCAAUUACCAUUAAGAUUGGCAUGGGCAUUGACAAUACAUAAGUCUCAAGGAUUGACUCUCUCAAAAGCUACAAUUGAUAUAGGAUCAAGAGAAAGAAUAGGAUUGACAUUUGUCAUAGUAUCUCAUGUGAAGUCUCUAGAAGGUCUUAGAAUAAUGCCACCAUUCACAUAUGAUCAUUAUGAAAAAAUGAAAAAUGGCAAACAACUUUCCAAGCGAAAAGCUGAAGAAAAUAGACUCAAAUUUUUAGAAGAUAAUUUGAUGUAA